ACUGUCUCACACGAUCCAUCCGCCAUUCUCAUUCAUAGAUCUAGACUCUGUUUUUGUAAAUGUAAUUACUUUUGCUUUAGAAUUGUAUGUUUAUUUUAAGUGUUCUAGUUCAAUAGUUUAAAAAAUGGGAAAGCCAGUCAUUUAUUAGUGACACAUUUAAAAGAGAUUGCCAGACAGAGAAGAAAAAAUGUUAUCUCGAAAAAAGUAAAUGAAACAUCUAAAAAAUAAUGGGAGCGUUCUUGGACAAGCCGAAAACAGACAAGCACAAUGAGCACGGUUGUGGGAAUGGGCUACGCUACGGUGGUGUGGCCAGCAUGCAAGGGUGGCGGGUGGAGAUGGAGGAUGCUCACUGCGCUAUCACAGGGCUGAGCCAAGACCUACAGGACUGGUCAUUCUUCGCCGUGUUCGACGGGCAUGCGGGUGCCCGCGUGUCAGCCCAUUGCGCGGAGCAUCUUCUGGAGUGUAUCAUGGGGACAGAGGAGUUUCCGCCAGUCGCGUCAUUAAAGGUAUCCGCUCGGGGAUUUCUGAGCCUGGACGACCGGAUGAGGGAGUUGCCGGAGUUGGCGAGUGGAGAGGACAAGUCGGGGUCGACAGCCGUGUGUGCGCUCAUCUCGCCACGGCAGGUGUUCGUCGCCAAUUGCGGCGACUCGCGAGCAGUGUUAUGCCGCAGUGGUCGGCCUGCCUUCAGCACCCGAGAUCACAAGCCGAUCCUGCCGAGUGAGAAGGAGCGCAUACAACGCGCUGGUGGCACAGUAAUGAUACAGCGGGUGAACGGCUCACUGGCAGUGUCACGGGCACUGGGAGAUUAUGAGUACAAGAAUGUUGAAGGCCGCGGACCCUGCGAGCAGCUAGUUUCACCCGAGCCCGAGGUUUUCGUCAAGGAUAGGGAUGAAGAAAAUGAUGAAUUCCUUGUCUUGGCUUGCGACGGAGUCUGGGAUGUAAUGACCAACGAGGAUCUUUGCGAUUUCGUCCGAUCAAGACUCGCAAUCACUGAUGAUCUCGAAGCAAUUACAAAUCAAGUCAUUGAUACAUGCCUCUUUAAGGGAAGCAGAGACAACAUGAGUAUUGUGCUAGUCACCUUCCCUGCAGCUCCCUUGCCUUCUGCGGAGGCCAUCCAACGCGAGAAUGAACUUGAAGCCACAAUAGAGAGGAGGAUAACUGAAAUAUUGAACCAAACCCAAGGUGAAAACAACCAGGUCGUGGUAUUCUCCCAAGUGUUACAUAUGCUGUCUGAGGAAGAUAUCAUCGGUUUGCCCCCCGGAGGAGGACUCAGUGCAAAGAGGCAUUUUAUUGAAGAUGUAUAUAAGAAACUGUGUCCGAACCUGGCAGACAGCGAGGCCGACCACAACUAAUCGUGAGCUGCAUGAGCGUGACGUGAUUCGUCUCAGCACUACUCACACACAGAGAAUUUGUACAUGCAUAUUUUUAUAAAGCUAACUCAGUAUUCUGUUUACGAGGUUAUAUUUUACAGUUUGUAUCUUGUACAUUAUUUGUCCGGAGAGUUAUCGUGAUAGUCAAAAUGGAACAGUAUGAUUUUCACAACAUAUAUUGCUUUUUUGAAUUGUAACUUUUGUUAGUAAAAUCCAUUGAUUCUGUUGUAAUCACUUGAAUCACUGCUGUAUAUUAAUGUCUCUUUUCACUGUAUUUUAACUAAAUUUACACCCUGCUUCUUUGUAGCAAUUUGGAUUUAGCUUAGUGAGCUCAUCAAUACUAAAUGCUGCACACAUACAAAAGCCUAAAUCUUUCUUACCUAUGUAAAUAGAACAAUUAGUGAAAUAAGAAUUUUAUUUUUUUUUAAUUCUAUGAGGCAGGAAUAACUUUUGUACUAACUUUUUUCUCUCGCAAUAUUAUUUACUGAAGAGCACAAAAUUAUUUAAGUCUAAAGAAAAUGGAAAAAAUUAUCAACAGCAAUUUGAAAUCCUUAUUAAUAUUAAAAUAACAAAUCAAAUGAAUUCUUAAAAAUUCUAAAUUGAAAUAAAAAUUAGUAAAAUGAACUUGUUUUGCAAAACUCCUGUCUUGUUAGUAUAGUUUGUCUUAAUUAGUAUUAAACUAAGCAGUUAUGUCCUUAAAAACUUAAUCUUACUCUUGAUUGGUUCAUUUCAUGUUAUUACCUUUUAUUAGUUUUUGUUGUUCGGAACAGAAAAGAAUUUGAAAUUAAAACCUUAUAAAGAAAAUAAAGAAGUUAAUUUGAUUAUCAUUACAUACCAAUAAUAGAAUACUAUACAGCACUACAUAAAAAUAUUGUUGGUUAAAGAGAUACACUGAAAAAGAAGUUUAUAAUUCCAUGUAAAUAUGUGCAGAGGACAAUAGAUGAUGAUGGUUAACUUGAGUGUGAAAGGGAUUGAGUGUAUUACUUUCUUUGCACUGAUAUCUAAAAUGGUUUCCAUCAAAAGUCUUACGUUAUGUACUUUUUAAAGAAAUUUUGCAAGGCUCUAGUUGAGUUCAUGUAUUAAUAAUGACUUGUUUGUUAUAAUAAUUUAAAUAAACUUGAUGUUCACUUCAAGUUUGUCUGUAUAAUAAAUUAAUCGAUUGUUUUAAUUAAUAAUCUGUGAACAUAAUACUAUGCAAUAUCAAAACGGGUUGUAUUUACACAGUUAUGCCUUAUGUAAAUUUUGGGUGUAACACCAUAAUUUGGACAUGGCUGUAGAAUAAUGACAUAAACUUCUCUCUCUUUCCCGUGCAUAACAUAUAAAAUAAUAUUGAUAUAGUGGAACAGUUUCCUUUUUGCUUUGGUAUGAGUAAAGAGGAAAAAAAACAUGUAUCAAAUUAAUUUUUGAUGUAAUUAAAUAUUAGAAGGAGGAUUGGAACAUUUGUUUAUCCAAUUAUGAAUUAAGAAAUAGUUUUGUAUUAUUUACACAUUUCAGUACUAAAUUUGAAUGUGUGAAAAAUUAAGAAAAUAAUGUUGAGAUCUAAGCAUAACGAGGUUUCUUAGUUUCCAAUAAGGUUUAAAUGCACAUUUCACAUUAUUUAAAAUAUAAUUUAAAGUGUUUUUCUUGAGCAGCAUUGCUUAUUUAGGACACUGAGAGGUUAAUUUCAUGAAUCAAAUUUAGAUUUUCCGCUGUAUUAAAGAUAGUAAUGAAACCCUGUUGGUGAAUUUAAUUUUUCUUUAUUAUUAACAUAAAAUGUUAUUUUAUGAAUUUGUGUGUUUAGGUUCUAUUCUCAAUAACAUUUUAUAUAUUUUCUAUAAUUUCUUGUGUAGAGAGGAAUAUGAGCAAUUAAUAAUCUGAUGGGCCAAGUUAAAUAGCUUUUAGGCAAACUUGAUCUGGCUAUUUCUUUAGAAAAUUUAAUACAGAAUAUUUUAUUUUGACUAUUAACUGAAGGGUAUAAAUUAGAAGUUAUUUUAUACAAUUGGAACAGUUGGUUAAAGAAUUUUACAAAUUAUUUAUAUUGUUUACUAUAUUGCCACUUUAUAUUGUAAAAGCUAUUUACUGCCACCAUACAAAAUAUACAGGAUCAUAGAAAUAUUUUAUAAAUAACAAUUUUAACUUGGGGGUAUAAUUCAUACUGAUGUUAUUUUAUUAGUGUUUGUAAGUAAAUAUAUAUUUGAUAGAAAGAAUUUUGGAAAGAAGAAUACAGAAUGACCGGUGUCUUGUGCAUCGUAGAAUGAAGGCUUGGAUUGUGAUCAAGCUUUACCAUUUGUUUGUAGGUUACUUUUGAAUUUUUGGUUAGAUUAAAUGUUUAUUCUUAAUUUUGUUAGCUAUUGUUAGUGAUAUCUUGUUGCAAACUGUAUUUUUCUACAAUGUAAUCAUAUUUUUGUUCUGAGGCUUGUUCAAGUUUCGUUCUUUUGGGCCUGAGGGGAAAUUGUUUGUUGGAUUAAUCCGCUCAAAUUUAAAAGAAGUAUUCUCGAAACAUAAUCAAAUCGUGUGUUAUCGUUUUGGCAAACACUGCAGAAUCGAAUGUGCGGCAUUGAAAAACAACUAGCUUUAUGGUUAUUUCUGUACACAUCUUAUUUUACACGUAAUAGCUUACAAGUUACAUUAACUUAUUUAUUUUUACUAAUCAAGUAGUUUUGAAACAAGUGUGUAGUUUUGAGAAAAAAAAAAAUAGUAUUGUUAACUAAACUAUGUGCAGUAUAAAGCGAUGUGAUAUCUGGGUAGGUGCAGGCCCUUGUACAAACCCCCCUAAUUAUAAGGUUUAUGAGCAUGUCUGUAGGUAGUAUAGUAACAAGUGUUUGUUGUUUUUACAAAAAUAUAACCACUGUGAUUGUA